AUGUCGAGAUCCUUCCUAGUGGACGCCUUGAUCAGUGAUACUAAAGACACUAACACGGAGAUGAAGAGUGAACAUCUGACGUACAACUUGGGUAACUUGGACAGGCGACCCAAGUUCCUGCCGUACCCUUACCCCGGGAGUAUCAACCUCCUGUCUCUUGGACUUCAACAGCAACGAGCGCCGGACCUGUUCCGACCCUUUCUGGAACAACUGAACUUUCGCUACCCGAUGUUACACCAACUACCUCGACAGACGGAGUUCUUUGGACCCGCUCACGAGAAUCGCACAUUCGAGCAAAUUCACUGGCACGCAACUCCUUGA